ACUUCCAAACCUUCCAACCUAUCUUCUUGUAAACCCAUCCAGAACCUCCACCUCUGACACCAUGGUCAGCUCCUGCUGUGGCUCUGUCUGCUCUGAGGAGGGCUGUGGCCAAAGCUGCUGCCAGCCCAGCUGCUGCCAAACCACCUGCUGCCGCCCCAGCUGCUGUGUAUCCAGCUGCUGCAGGCCUCAGUGCUGCCAGUCUGUGUGCUGCCAGCCCACUUGUUGCCGUCCUAGCUGCUGCAUUUCCAGCUGCUGCAGGCCCAGCUGCUGCCGCCCCAGCUGUUGUGUGUCCAGCUGCUGCAGGCCCCAGUGCUGCCAGUCUGUGUGCUGCCAGCCUACCUGCUGCCGCCCCAGCUGUUGCCGCCCUUGCUGUGGUAGUUCCAGCUGUUGUGGAUCCAGCUGCUGCAGACCCAGCUGCUGCACUUCUAGCUGCUGCCGCCCCAUCUGUUGCCAGGCCACCUGCUGCCGCCCAGGCUGUUGUGUGUCCAGCUGUUGCAGACCCCAGUGCUGCAUCUCCAGCUGUUGUCGCCCCAUCUGUUGCCAGACCACCUGCUGCAGGACCACUUGCUGCCGCCCAGCCUGUUCUAGUGGUUCUUGCUGCUGAGCACCUUCAUCCAGUCUCCUGCUCGUCAUCACACAUAGUUCCUAAUGUAGUCCAUGUGUGUUCUGAGUCCCAAGAGGCUCAUUCUAAAGCCUCUGAUACAAAUGAGAUUGAUUUGGACAACAACUAUUUGCCACACUCCAGCCUGCUUAGUAUCUGUUUAAAAUGAACACAUUUGAGCAUUCUAAUCUCUCAUAAAAUGUGUUCUGUGCUAUAUUAAAAAAACAAACAUCCUAAUAAUAAAUUAAAAGUUUAAAGGUACAUAAGU